AACAACUUCCGUUUCCCACUGCCUGAAUGGUAUGUGGAGAGAACGGCAACUCUAGACCGGGAAGUGGGGCAUCUAAAUCAAAUCUAGCUAGCUAACUUUUUUCAAGUAUAUCUUAGCUUCCUGUUGACUAUUGUAUGAGGCCGAGAUGCAAAGUCAGGAUCCAUGCGAAAAUUGUCCCCCUCUUCUUCUUCCCUCUCUGCGUCUCUUCAUUCCACCACUGCGGCUUGUCUCUGCAGCCAUGUGGCAAGUGGUUCAACGAGGAGACGUUCAAGAUUAUGGGAUGCUGGAGGAGUUUGUCACCAUGGUUACAGAGAUUGUGCCAGAGCUUUUGAGUUGCAGUCAGAGGGCUCAACUCAUUCUGGGGCUUAGAGCAAGGCUGGUUCUGGAGUUGUGUCGCACUGAGCAGACAUUAGACCUCACGAAUAUUCAAAAACACCUGGACAGGAUCCGAUCCCUCACAUCCACUGAGGAAGCAGAGGUGGAAUUAUCUGAAUCAAAGUUUGUGGAGCUGGUUAAAUCUCUGCUGAAAGACCCAAGUGAAAGGGAGAACUUCUACCAGGACGUGUUCCCUGUGGAAUUUGGGCCCAAGUAUGACACUGCAAUACAGAUGCUGAUGUUAGAAUUCCUUUCCAGACUGGAGAAGUUACUUCCCCUACCAGACCUUGAACAGACUGCCUCCUUGUUAAAUGCUGUCCCCUCUGCCCUGGAGAAAUGUGUACAGUUUGUACCUGACCCCAAACAAUUGAGGACCCUGCUCCAGUACCACAGAAAACGUGGACAUUUGGACUCCAUCGGAACUCCAUCAUCCUUUGGUGACUUCAUCCUCUCCUCUCUGUCUCUUCCUCCAUAUGUGCGAGUGGUGACUGCCCCAGAUGUAGACUCAGAUACACAAUCAGAAAGCAUGAAUUUGGAGGGAAUGGAAGCAAGAGAGUUGUUGGAAAAUCGGACAAAGGAAAUCGAUGUACUAGUCCCAGCAGGUGAAGUUAGAAGAUACAUAAUUACUGAGCCAGAUUACGGUAUGGACAUGGAGUCUGCCGUUGGGGAAAAUGACAAUCAAGCAGUCACUGGCUUGAAUUCACUCAGACCAUCACAAUUAAAACGAAGCAAAAGGCUGCAGAUUAAGAACAUGUUUUCAAAACGACGGAAACUUCGAAAGACCGAUUCUUCCGGGCGUGCAAACAAACAGCCAUCAUCCUCCAAGGGUCGGCCUUCCCCAAAGAAGUCAUGCAGAAGAGGCCCAUUCAGUAAGACAUGUGAAGUGUGUGGGAAGACUUUCACUCGAGUCACAGCCAUGAAAAGGCAUCAGCUAACCCACACUGGAGAUCUCAAGUUUAAGUGCCUCAUGUGUGAAAAAAGCUUCAGGGACGGUCAUAAUCUGAAGAGACACCAGAGGCGAGUUUGUGAAAAGGAGAUAAACAUGUUGGAGGAAGAGAUCCCACAACCCUCAACUAGCAAACCUCAGAUCCCAUCACUCCUCAAGACUCCCUGUCCACCAGGGCCAUCUCAUCAAGGAACUCUGGACACUAUCACAGCCACGAACACAUGCUCUGUGUGUGGGCGGUAUUUUGCUCGUACUUCCAGCUUGGUAAGACAUAUGAGCUCCCACUCAAAAGAGCGUCCAUUUGGGUGUGUCAAUUGUGAUAAGAGAUUCAAGUAUUCGUACGAUUUGAAAAAACACCAGAGAGAAUUGUGUCAGAAAGUGACCCAGGGAGAUUUGUGUCAGGAUGUUGAUCAGAACAUGGCACAACAAAAGAGUGGCCUGGAACCAGAGAAGGUUUUUCUUGCCACUGCAGAGAAUCACACCCAGGUAGAUUCCAAAACCUGUUAUGUCUGUGGUAAGAUUUUGACUUGUACCUCACAGAUGGAAAGGCACUUGAAAUCUCACUCAAAGGCACGUCCCUUUAAUUGUGCUAUUUGUGAGAGAAGUUUUAAGUACAAAGAUACCUUGAAGAAACAUCAGGAAAUCCUUGGCCACGAGGGCAUCCUAGAAGACUUGGGUCAGAGUGUGGACCAGCAAGAAGUGGAAGUUAACACAGAGAGUUGCAUCAGCCCUCUCACUACCAAGGAAAACGACACUGAGCCCCUUAUCACGGCUGCUACUUCAGUGCCGACUCUCAAAGAACCCAAACCAUGCACUGUGUGUGGGAAGAUUUUUAACCGUGCUUCAGUUAUGGCUAUUCAUAUGAGAUCCCAUUCAGAUGAGCGUCCUUAUCAAUGUGGCAAUUGUGAACAGCGCUUUAAGUACAUGCACAAUCUGAAUCAACACCAGAGAUAUAUCUGUAAGGUGAACCGAGAAGAGUCCUCUCAGAUGGUAGACCAGCACCAAGAGGAGGAGUCUAGUGAACUGGUGGCUGUUAAUGCUGAUACCCCAGAGACAUCUACCAGUCGACUACAACUGGUUCACUGGUGUAAAAAAUGUGGAAAGUGUUUCGAUGACAUCUGUAAUUUGAAGCAACACCAGGAAAGUUCAUGCAAAGAGGAAAAAAUAAAGGUGGUCUUCCAAUGUGAAAAAAGAAAGGUGGUCUUCAAAUGUGAUGAUUGUGGGAAGGACUUCAAAGGUUCUUCAUCCCUAAGGACACACAAGCGAAUUCACAACCCAUUCUAUUGCUCUGAUUGUGGAAGGGUCCUACCAAACUCCAUUGCCUUUGACAGACACAAGCUGAUGCAACACAAGGAAAUCCAGUGUACCAUGUGUGAGAAGACCUUUACCCUGUUGGGGCGUCUGAGAGAUCACUAUCUGCAUCAACAUAAAUUCACAGGCCCAUACCCCUGCUCUCAAUGUGAGAAAACCUUCACUCAGUUAAGAUACCUUGUUGAACAUGAGAGGGUUCAUUCAGGAGAGUACCCUUACCAGUGCUCUGUUUGUCAAGCAAAGUUCAAUAAAGCAAAUUCUCUAACGAUACACAGUAGGAAGCACACAGGAGAAAAGCCGUUCCUGUGCUGGCAGUGUGGAAAGAGUUACAAGGAUCGUGGAAACCUGUCAAUGCAUAUGGGGACUCACUCAGAGGAGAGACCCUUUUCCUGUUCGCAGUGUGACAUGACUUAUCGGACAAAGAUUCAGCUGAAUACACACAUUGAACAAGUUCAUGAGGGGGUGAGAUACACCUGUGCAGUCUGUGGAAAGCAGUUUUUGAAAGCUGUGUCAUUGAUAAGACAUGAACUCACUCACACAGGAGAAAGACCAUGGCCAUGCUCCUAUUGCACAAAAACCUUCAUCACUGCCAAUGAAAGGAGAUUGCAUGAAAGAUACCAUACUGGUGAGAGACCAUACAAAUGCCAAGACUGUGGAAAGUCCUUCGUACAGUUGUGUUUUCUGAAAGCACACCAACGACUUCACACAGGAGAGAAGCCAUUUGCAUGCAGUGUUUGUGACAAACGUUUCAGAUUAAAUUACCAUAGGCAAAGACACGAGCAAACCCAUACAGGAAAACAGAAGCCACAUGUUUGUGCGGAAUGUGGGUUAGCUUUCGCUCAAAGAAAGCGCCUGACUGAACACCAAUGCACUCACUCCUUGAAUUAAUUAUUAAUAUUUUUUUAAGUCUAAUGUUCCUUUGCAUUGUUAUUCAUUUUAAGACAGUACAGUGGGGAAAGUAGUGAGGGAGACAAAUUAGGGGCACAGACAGAAAGAAGGGCAGAGAAGGGUCUUGAACCCUCGUCACCAAGCAUUACCACUCUGUUAGACUCUGGCAUUUGAGUUCUUGUUGUGUACUAAAAAUAAAAACACAGGUUUACACCUCAGGUUUGAAUUAAUAUUCUAUUUUUCAGCUUUGUUUCAUAAUUCUGUGGAUAAUUUCAAUUGCUAAUUUGUAGUAUGUACACUAAAGGAGGAAACGUGUAAAACUGUUAUUCUCAAAUAAUCACAACAUUGCAUUUUAUGAUCAUGGCAAUAAUAAAGGAGGACAUGAACAUA